UUGUGUUCUGCCAUGGCCUGAUGCAGCUGUCUCAACUCCUCUACAGUGCUUACUUUAAGAGUAGCUUGACUACCAUCGAGAAGCGCUUUGGCCUCUCCAGUUUGUCCUCCGGCUUUAUCUCCAGUUUACAUGAGAUUGGCAAUGUCAUCCUCAUCAUCUUUGUGAGCUACUUUGGUAGUCGAGUUCAUCGACCUCGGAUCAUUGGCCUGGGAGGUCUGCUAUUGGCACUAGGGGCCUUCCUUUUGACUCUUCCGCAUUUCCUUUCUGGUCGAUAUGAAUAUUCUUCAGCACAAAUCAGUAACCAAAGCAGCCAGUCCAGAUUAGAACUCUGCCAAGGAGGAUUUAAGUGUUUGAAUGCCACUGUGAAUGUCCAGGCAGAGGCCAGUAUCAUGUGGGGAUUAAUGAUACUUGCCCAACUCUUGGCUGGAAUUGGAACAGUCCCUAUUCAGCCGUUUGGAAUUUCCUAUGUGGAUGACUUCGCUGAGCCAGACAAUUCUCCUUUGUACAUAGCAAUCUUAUUUUCCAUCUCAGUAUUUGGUCCAGCUUUUGGCUACCUACUUGGCUCUGCAGCAUUGAAGAUCUUUGUGGAUUUUGGACAGGUUAGCCUGAGUAAGUGUUUGGUCUAAUUUAGGGAAGCCAUG